GUCUCCACGGGUUUCGUGACGCGAAGUUGGGUAUGAGUUACGAGCGCAGCCGCAUGGGUAGAGUUACGACUGAAAGAGUGCUUAGAGAAGUCAAGCGUGAACACAGCGGCUCCAAAAAAGCCUGCGUUAAACAGUAUUCCAGAGUAAAAACAUCAGAAGAGGCCAUCAUGACUGACAGGAAGGCAGUAAUAAAGAACGCAGAUAUGUCCGAGGACAUGCAGCAGGAUGCAGUGGAUUGUGCCACACAGGCCAUGGAGAAGUACAACAUUGAGAAGGACAUUGCUGCAUAUAUCAAAAAGGAGUUCGAUAAGAAGUAUAAUCCGACAUGGCAUUGUAUUGUGGGACGGAACUUUGGCAGUUAUGUUACGCAUGAAACUAAGCAUUUCAUCUACUUUUACUUGGGUCAAGUGGCCAUUCUGCUCUUCAAAUCGGGCUGAGGGAACAGCUGUCGUUCAUGAAAGUUGGACAUCAACUCCAAACCUGGACUGUGAUGCACUGAUGGCUUGAGCCACACUCUACACACACACACACACACACACACACACACACACACACACUUACAUUCUCUCCCACAUACACACUCGUGAAUUUAGCUAUAGAGGCUGUGCAUAAAUGCAUGGACCGUGUAUAUUAUUUAAUUUGUAUAUGUUGCAAUACAGUAACUUUUUUUGCUUUCUAUAGUUGCACGAGUUGACGCAACAAGAAGAUUUUUGUUAGUUUUUUCCAAGUCCAAAUAUGUUUUGCACUGAUGUUGUACAAAAUGCUUUGAACGCUGCCUUUAAAUUAUAUUAAAGAAUGAUAUGUCAUACA